AGGAUAUAAGCGGCAGCAAUUUCAGUCCCAUUCAGUGUGGUCAUUGUUUGGGACUCUAUCGAGCCCAGCAACAAGGGAUCAGCCCCUCAGUAGUGACACGACUCGCUCGGCUCCGAGCGUCGUCUUUGUUUACCUUCGUGUGACUUGACUAGUCACAUAUUUAGUGCUUGUACGCCUUACACAGCGCAGCUAAGCACAGCCAACAUGGGCGAGGGCAAGGUGGCCGAGCGCGGCCACGACCCCACAGCGGGCUUCUUCAACAAGUUUGCCUUUGGAUGGAUGUACAAGUGGAUUGGCGCUGCUCGUCGCGGUGAGGAGCUGAACGCCGAGGAGAUGGGCAUGCCCCCGGAAAACAUGGCCCACGAGGCCUACGACAAGUUCGCGGCGCACUGGGCUGCCGAGCAGAAGCUUAAGGACCAGGAUGGCCAGAAGCCGUCGCUGGUGCGCGCUCUGCGCAAGUCCUUCGGCUUGUUCUACAUGCUUGGUGGUCUGUGCAAGUGCGGCUGGUCCACCUUCGUGAUUCUGGGCGCCUUCUACUUCGUGCGCAGUCUGCUGUCCCACGUCAACUACGUUGACGCCCCCACCAAGAAGUGGACCACCGCCGAGACCCUGUACGGCCAGACCACCGCCGGCUGGCUGCUGAUGAUGGGCUUCACCAUCGACGCCUGGCUGCUGGGUCUGUGCCUGCAGCGCAUGGGCUACAUCUGCAUGACCGUGGGCAUCCGCGCCCGCGCCGCGCUGGUGCAGGCCGUCACACACAAGGCCUUCCGCCUCAACACCGUCCGCGCCGACCAGUCCGCCGCCAUCGUCAACUUCGUGGCCUCUGACAUCCAGAAGAUCUACGACGGCGCCCUGGAGUUCCACUACCUGUGGACCGCCCCCUUCGAGGCCGCCGCCAUCCUGGCGCUGCUGGGCUACCUGACCCAGGACUCCAUGCUGCCCGGCCUGGGCGUCAUCCUGCUGGUGCUGCCCAUGCAGUACUACUUCGGCUACAAGAUCGUGCAGAUCAAGCUGCAGAACGCCAAGCACGUCGCCCUGCGCUCCGCCAUCAUGCAGGAGGUGCUGCCCGCCAUCAAGCUGGUCAAGUACUACGCCUGGGAGCAGUUCUUUGAGAACCAGAUCAGCAAGGUCCGCCGCGAGGAGAUCCGCCUCAACUUCUGGAACUGCGUGAUGAAGGUCAUCAACGUGGCCUGCGUGUUCUGCGUGCCGCCCAUGACCGCCUUCGUCAUCUUCACCACCUACGAGUUCCAGCGCGCCCGCCUGGUGUCCAGCGUCGCCUUCACCACCCUGUCGCUGUUCAACAUUCUGCGCUUCCCCCUGGUCGUGCUGCCCAAGGCCCUGCGUGCCGUGUCCGAGGCCAACGCGUCUCUCCAGCGCCUGGAGGCCUACCUGCUGGAGGAGGUGCCCUCGGGCACUGCCGCCGUCAAGACCCCCAAGAACGCUCCCCCCGGCGCCGUCAUCGAGAACGGUGUGUUCCACCACCCCUCCAACCCCAACUGGCACCUGCACGUGCCCAAGUUCGAGGUCAAGCCCGGCCAGGUCGUUGCUGUGGUGGGCCGCAUCGCCGCCGGCAAGUCGUCCCUGGUGCAGGCCAUCCUCGGCAACAUGGUCAAGGAGCACGGCAGCUUCAACGUGGGCGGCCGCAUCUCCUACGUGCCGCAGAACCCCUGGCUGCAGAACCUGUCCCUGCGUGACAACGUGCUGUUUGGCGAGCAGUUCGAUGAGAACAAGUACACCGACGUCAUCGAGUCCUGCGCCCUGACCCUGGACCUGCAGAUCCUGUCCAACGGUGACCAGUCCAAGGCCGGCAUCCGCGGUGUCAACUUCUCCGGUGGCCAGCGCCAGCGCGUGAACCUGGCCCGCUGCGCCUACGCCGACGCCGACCUGGUGCUGCUCGACAACGCCCUGUCCGCCGUGGACCACCACACCGCCCACCACAUCUUCGACAAGUGCAUCAAGGGCCUGUUCUCCGACAAGGCCGUGGUGCUGGUCACCCACCAGAUCGAGUUCAUGCCCCGCUGCGACAACGUGGCCAUCAUGGACGAGGGCCGCUGCCUGUACUUCGGCAAGUGGAACGAGGAGGCCCAGCACCUGCUCGGCAAGCUGCUGCCCAUCACCCACCUGCUGCACGCCGCCGGCUCCCAGGAGGCUCCCCCCGCCCCCAAGAAGAAGGCCGAGGACAAGGCCGGCCCCCAGAAGUCGCAGUCGCUGCAGCUGACCCUGGCCCCCACCUCCAUCGGCAAGCCCACCGAGAAGCCCAAGGACGUCCAGAAGCUGACUGCCUACCAGGCCGCCCUCAUCUACACCUGGUACGGCAACCUGUUCCUGGUUGGCGUGUGCUUCUUCUUCUUCCUGGCGGCUCAGUGCUCUCGCCAGAUCUCCGAUUUCUGGGUGCGCUGGUGGGUGAACGACGAGUACAAGAAGUUCCCCGUGAAGGGCGAGCAGGACUCGGCCGCCACCACCUUCUACUGCCUCAUCUACCUGCUGCUGGUGGGCCUGUUCUACAUCUUCAUGAUCUUCCGCGGCGCCACUUUCCUGUGGUGGGUGCUCAAGUCCUCGGAGACCAUCCGCAGGAAGGCCCUGCACAACGUCCUCAACGCGCCCAUGGGCUUCUUCCUGGUCACGCCGGUCGGCGACCUGCUGCUCAACUUCACCAAGGACCAGGACAUUAUGGAUGAGAACCUGCCCGAUGCCGUUCACUUCAUGGGCAUCUACGGCCUGAUUCUGCUGGCGACCACCAUCACCGUGUCCGUCACCAUCAACUUCUUCGCCGCCUUCACCGGCGCGCUGAUCAUCAUGACCCUCAUCAUGCUCUCCAUCUACCUGCCCGCCGCCACUGCCCUGAAGAAGGCGCGCGCCGUGUCUGGCGGCAUGCUGGUCGGCCUGGUUGCCGAGGUUCUGGAGGGCCUUGGCGUGGUUCAGGCCUUCAACAAGCAGGAGUACUUCAUUGAGGAGGCCGCCCGCCGCACCAACAUCACCAACUCCGCCGUCUUCAACGCCGAGGCGCUGAACCUGUGGCUGGCUUUCUGGUGCGACUUCAUCGGCGCCUGCCUGGUGGGCGUGGUGUCCGCCUUCGCCGUGGGCAUGGCCAAGGACCUGGGCGGCGCGACCGUCGGCCUGGCCUUCUCCAACAUCAUUCAGAUGCUUGUGUUCUACACCUGGGUGGUCCGCUUCAUCUCCGAGUCCAUCUCCCUCUUCAACUCCGUCGAGGGCAUGGCCUACCUCGCCGACUACGUGCCCCACGAUGGUGUCUUCUAUGACCAGCGCCAGAAGGACGGCGUCGCCAAGCAAAUCGUCCUGCCCGACGGCAACAUCGUGCCCGCCGCCUCCAAGGUCCAGGUCGUGGUUGACGACGCCGCCCUCGCCCGCUGGCCUGCCACCGGCAACAUCCGCUUCGAGGACGUGUGGAUGCAGUACCGCCUGGACGCUCCUUGGGCUCUGAAGGGCGUCACCUUCAAGAUCAACGACGGCGAGAAGGUCGGCGCCGUGGGCCGCACCGGCUCCGGCAAGUCCACCACGCUGCUGGCGCUGUACCGCAUGUUCGAGCUGGGCAAGGGCCGCAUCCUGGUCGACGGCGUGGACAUCGCCACCCUGUCGCUCAAGCGCCUGCGCACCGGCCUGUCCAUCAUUCCCCAGGAGCCCGUCAUGUUCACCGGCACCGUGCGCUCCAACCUGGACCCCUUCGGCGAGUUCAAGGACGAUGCCAUUCUGUGGGAGGUGCUGAAGAAGGUCGGCCUCGAGGACCAGGCGCAGCACGCCGGCGGCCUGGACGGCCAGGUCGAUGGCACCGGCGGCAAGGCCUGGUCUCUGGGCCAGAUGCAGCUGGUGUGCCUGGCUCGCGCCGCCCUGCGCGCCGUGCCCAUCCUGUGCCUGGACGAGGCUACCGCCGCCAUGGACCCGCACACUGAGGCCAUCGUGCAGCAGACCAUCAAGAAGGUGUUCGACGACCGCACCACCAUCACCAUUGCCCACCGCCUGGACACCAUCAUCGAGUCCGACAAGAUCAUCGUGAUGGAGCAGGGCUCGCUGAUGGAGUACGAGUCGCCCUCGAAGCUGCUCGCCAACCGCGACUCCAUGUUCUCCAAGCUGGUCGACAAGACCGGCCCCGCCGCCGCCGCUGCGCUGCGCAAGAUGGCCGAGGACUUCUGGUCCACUCGCUCCGCGCAGGGCCGCAACCAGUAAGCGGCGCACAAGCGCAGGAGCGUAGUCAUGUUGCGCGCGUGAGGAGAUGAGUGGAGUGGAGCGAAAGUGAUGAGGCUUCGGCGGUUUUCUUGGCCUUGUGUAUCGUGUGCAGUGGCAUGUUCCCUUUUGUCGGGCGCAUGGUACUGGUUCCCGGAUAGAGCGCGAGCAGUGUGCGCACGAGUGGCGCGCAUUAAGCGCAUGUGAGCAUCUUGGUAUGGCCCUUGUUUGUGGGCUUCGUCAGGGCACAAGACAGUGACCCAAAGCAGGUGAGAAGCUACUAGCAAACAAGAACCAUGAGCACCGAGCAAUUGCGUGUUUGACAGCGUGUCUAGGUUAGCUGAGUAGAUGCCGCAAGGUAGGGCAAGAAAACGAGUGACAGCGCCGUCUGCGCCGCCUGUGGCGCGGCCAGAGGGUGGUGAGUGCUGCAGCAGUUUUGCCCCCAAGUUUUUUCCCUCGCACUCGUGGCGUAUGGGGAUGUGUGUCGAUGAGAUUUCGUGGUGUACAAAUUAAGGAAACCGGUUGGGCGGCUUGGGUGUCUAGCCCAACCCGUACCCUACUCGGGCGUUGCACUGAGGCAGUUUGGAGCGUUGUGUGCACUGUUCAUGUGGUUGCAGAAUUAAAAGAAGGCUGUGACGAAUGCAAACAAUCCCUGCUGGAUUGCGAUAGGCAUUGCCACAUGCACAGGAUGUAGCCGCAGAGAGAGAUGUACAGUUGAAAUUGCGGCCGGUGCGUGAAAGGAAGAGCGUGUUUUGAUGGUGAUUAUUUGACACAGCGCGAGUGACAAAAAUGCGCGCGCCAGGCGGAAGGUCAGGAGCGCGGGUAGAUCAACGGCCACGAUGCUGUACCGCUGCGGGAACCCCGCCGAACUGUAACACAACACAAAU